UUCUGUGAGGGGAGUUGGACGUGUUACAUAACUGUUAAAUGCACUUUAUUAUGUCUGUGAUAUAUCAGUUACUUUCGUUCAUUUAAACUGUUGGAAACUCUAAAGAGAGUGGGUGUAGUGUUCUUGGAAAAUAUCCCAGUCAGAACAGUUGAAUAAAGACAUCUCCACUGCACAGACAGAAUGACUGAAGGUAGAGUGGUCAUCUCUGAGACCCAGGCUCUCCUAGCCAAGGAGUCUACUGUGUUAUCUCACAGCAAGAAGUGGCCUCAGCAUCUUGCGGCUCUGCUGGCCAGUCUGAUCUCAAUGGCCACGGGAGCGGUGGCAGGCUGGUCAUCCCCCGCCAUCCCCUACCUGCAGGGUCACAUGGGUACAGAGGUGACCAACCCUAUCACUGAUGAGCAAGCUUCAUGGGUAGGCAGCAUCGUCACUUUGGGCUGCUUAGUCGGUGCUAUCCCCGCAGGGACACUGUCACAUAAGCUGGGCAGACGUGGCUUCUUGCUACUACUGGCCUGGCCCCUCAUACUUGGGUGGCUACUCAUCAUCUACGGCGAGAACAAUGUUCAACAAAUCUACCUCGGCCGCUUCAUCAACGGGCUAUCAUUUGGCGCUGUGACAGUCGCUGUACCGUUGUACAACAAUGAGAUUGCAGAGGACCGAGUGCGAGGCAGUGUUGGUGUGUACCUAGACCUCAUGUUGUGUGUGGGUAUCCUGUGGUCUUAUGUGGUGGGUGCUCUGUCCUCUCUCUACUGGCUGUCAUUCUCCUGCUGUGUGAUCCCUGUAGUGUUUCUCCUCACCUUCUACUGGAUGCCAGAGUCACCGGUUCACUUGCUGGCCCAGGGGAAGGCUGAGGAUGCUGAAAUGGCUAUCAGGUGGUUGCGAGGGGCUCGGCCACACCACCAGUAUGAUGCUGGUCCUGAACUGACCAAGCUACAGAGACUGGUGGAUGAUGCAGAAGACAGGGAGAAAGCUCAGAUUAAAAUAUCCGAUCUCGCCACAUUCAGGGAGAAACUCGCUUCGUUUUCCUUUCGGUCUACGACAACCAAAGCUGUUGGAAUAGCGUUUGGCCUCAUGACAUUCCAGCGACUGAGUGGUGUGAGCGCAGUUGUGUACUACACUGUUGACAUUUUCCGAGGCGCUGGAACUUCUAUUGCCCCCACAACUGCUACCAUCAUCGUAGGAGUAGUGUCUGUGGUAGCCUCUGUAACCAGCGCCUGUCUGGUUGAUCGUCUGGGACGUAGAUUUCUUCUGAUUCUCUCUGACGCUGUCAUGGCUGUCAGUCUUGCAGUCAUGGCUGUUUACUUUGCCUACAAAGAGAGUGGUGUGGACAUGCGGGCUUUGGGUUGGUUACCGGUGGUGGUUAUUUGUAUACUUUACGGUAUAUUUCGUGUAGGCCUGGGACCUAUACCUUGGUUUAUGAUGGCAGAAGUUCUACCGACGGAAGUGAAAUCUUGGGCUUCAUCUGUUGUUGUUUGUCAUACGUGGAUAUGUACAUUCCUUGUGACUAAGCUGUUCUUGGUUACUGUGGACUACAUUAGCUUCGCUUACACAUUCCUUAUAAUGAGUGCUAUUGCAUCGAUAGGGCUUAUAUUUAUUUUACUGUAUGUGCCAGAAACUAAAAAUAAAAGUUCAGAAGAAAUAAGAGAUGUGAUAUCAGGAAAGUAUAAAGUAAUAUAUACAAAAUUGAAUAAUGACACGUGAUCCUCUUCUCUCUUUUUGACACGAGCAGAGAAUGAAAAGCUGCGAUGAGGACUAGUUUUUGGCUACCGAGGGAAACUUAACAGGUCACAAUCAUAUGGAUAGCUAAGUAAACUUUGCACAGGUCAAAAGGCUGUAAAGCCUACCAAGAACUAAUAAUUUAUUAUUAUUUUGUUGGGUAUACUAUCAAUUGAUAAAAGGUAGCCAUGAAUGAUCGGCUUUUGUAUUUGUAAAUGCAUUAACUAUUAGUGGCAAAGUUCAGAUGCUGGGUAUUUUAUGCUAAAUAUUGCAAAUGCUCAUACGACAUUUCUCAGGGUACGACAAUCGGCAAUCCUCUGGAUUUUAUGUAAUUACCUUUAAAACCUUUCCGGGUUAGUCCCGUCGAUAUUUUUUGCCACUCUAUCAGCAACAAAUAAAGUAAUCAAACAAACCAUACAAACAAUCAUAAUACUUGUAAACAACCUCAUUAUACUAUUUUAAUGGGUACAGUCCAAUAUUAUUUCCAUAGAAAUUUCCAGUAGGUACAUACAUAAUUUAAGAACAGAAAAUUGUUAGUAAAAUUAUUGCUUUAUGGUAACUUCAUUGAGGGCCUAUUGAAGAAACUCAUGCGGUACCUCUUUGAAAUAGUGCACCGUACGAAUGCUUGGUAAUUUUACUGAGCUCCAGCUGAUUUUACUGAGCCCUUUUUGAAAACAAUCACUUUCUUGUCUAAAAAUAGACCAGAAAUAACCUGCUUACUUUAUAUUGUGGCAAAAAAGUGAUAAACUACGGUAGUUACUUCUUACUUGAUAAAAUGUUUACAUAUAAUUUUACAGGUCAAGUGGCAAAAAGAAAAAAGUAAACCAAAGUAAAAGUAAAAAAGUAAAAGUAGAAAUUUGAAAACUUUUGUAUCAUGAUAUCACUGUUACUCAAAUAGCCAAAGUUAUUACAGUUACCAUAGAAUGAUAAGAUUUAACAUUACUUAGCAUUUUACAAAUGUAUAUAUUUACUGUGCUUUAGAUAUUUUAUUGGUUUUCUAUGACCACACAAAAUGUUGGUGCUAGGAUGUUAUAUAUUGUUUAUUCGUUUAUACAAACUGGUAUAAAAUAUGAUUUUAGACCAGAGAUUAAUUUAUAUUAGCCAUACAUUUUCAGUAAAAUGAACAAUCUGUGUCAAAGAGUGUUUUUGUCUUACAUAAGCUUAUAUCUCAUAGUUGCCUAUUAUUUAAUGUUUUUAAUUUUGGAGCACAUCAAUAAUAGCCUAACUAGUUCUAUAAUAAGAGACGUCAAUAUAGCUACUUGUGUAUUAUUAAGAGCGCAAAGUAUGUAAUAGCUGAGUGUGGCAUUACAUUUUUUGAGGGAUGGCAAUACUUAAAUGAGUACAAUUCAUCUCACUUAAUUCUACACUCACCCUUCAUUCAUAUUCAGAUGAAAUUACACAGCAAAGUGUAUACCGCUGUCUUACCUUUCAUUCAUAUUCAGAUGAAAUUACACACCAAAGUGUACACCGCUGUCUCACCCUUCAUUCAUAUUCAGAUGAAAUUACACACCAAAGUGUAUACCGCUGUCUUACCCUUUAUUCAUAUUCAGAUGAAAUUACACACCAAAGUGUAUACCGCUGUCUUACCUUUCAUUCAUAUUCAGAUGAAAUUACACACCAAAGUGUACACCACUGUCUUACCCUUCAUUCAUAUUCAGAUGAAAUUACACAGCAAAGUGUAUACCGCUGUCUUACCUUUCAUUCAUAUUCAGAUGAAAUUACACACCAAAGUGUACACCGCUGUCUUACCCUUCAUUCAUCAGAUGAAAUUACACAGCAAAGUGUAUACCGCUGUCUUACCUUUCAUUCAUAUUCAGAUGAAAUUGCACACCAAAGAGUACACCGCUGUCUCACCCUUCAUUCAUAUUCAGAUGAAAUUACACACCAAAGUGUAUACCGCUGUCUUACCCUUCAUUCAUAUUCAGAUGAAAUUACACAGCAAAGUGUAUACCGCUGUCUUACCUUUCAUUCAUAUUCAGAUGAAAUUACACAGCAAAGUGUACACCGCUGUCUUACCCUUCAUUCAUAUUCAGAUGAAAUUAUACACCAAACUGUACACCGCUGUCUUAAAGAUUAGAAUUUACAUUUUUUUCCUUGCUCAUUGACUUCAAAGUUCCUUUGUUACCUAAUAAAAUAGUUUUAUGGGUUUCAUAUUCAUUGUAUGCUUAAUCGUGUAAUUGUUUCUUGAGUAGGUCAUUACAGUGGUAUGAAUAGUUACGUCUUUUCUGAAUCAAGACAGAGUCCAAACUCAAGUCUAGUCCAUUGAUUUUAAAGUUCCUCUGUUAGUAGAAUCAAUUAUUUCAUGGUUUUAAUUGUAUGCCUAAUCAAGGUUUAUGAACUAUACGUUUACAAUAGGAAAGUAAUUUACUAGUAACUUGGGAUCAAUAUAGUAAUAGUGUUGUAGUUGUUGUGCGAAGAACUGAUUAAUUUAUAUUGUGUAUCAUGAUAAAUUCAAUAAAAAUAGUUCUAGUCAUCAAGAUAUUUAUUCCGUUAACUUAAUUAACAGUCGCAACUCACAAUAAAAGAAAAUCUAGCAAAAACAAAAGAAACCACAUAGGUAUUACUGCUGGCCCACGAAAGGCAUUAUUAGCCCCCCCCCAUCAUGACAGAGGGCUGAGGAAUUAUAUAGUUUAAGGAGUACUUAGGUUUGCUGCAACGGGGGGGAGAAAAAAGUUUUUUUGUAAAAUGUGGAAUAGUUAAGCUCAAAAUAAAUUUACCAAAUUUGAUCAAAAUAUAUCCUUAAACAUGCAAACUAUAACUGUUUACUUAUUCUCCAUAAAAAUAACAUGGGAAGUUUAAAUUUACAAUUUAUAAAGAUUUUCUCCGUAACCAUUA